AACAGAUCCAUGAGAGAUUUACAAGACAUUAUCACACUGCUCAGACCUGGAGCAGGAUUUCAGAUUUCAGUUUGGAUGGAGAAGUUCUGGUCACCGCUAUCAUGACAACCCACACGUCCUUCCUCCUGAUUCUCCUGGCUGUUCUUCGAUUGGCUGGCUGUUCAUUUCCAGAUGAACCAGGUCCUUUAAUCUCCACCCCUGCUGAGGUUGCCAGGCGUUACCCUGUGUUUCUGGGACGAGCUCAUCGCUCUUACAUGCAGCAGGAGCCGCUGUACAUUCAGACAGUUCUAAAAGUCAACCGCACCCUGUACAUCGGUGCCAGAGAUGACCUUUACCGUGUGGAACUGGACCAUGUAACAGGGGAUGAGAUGUUCUACAGCAAAAAGCGAACGUGGGAAUCCAAUAAGAAUGACAUCCGAAUCUGCAGGAUGAAGGGCAAACACGAGGAGGAGUGCCGUAACUAUAUGAAGGUUUUGCUGAAUCAACAUGGCGGCCUUUUUGUGUGUGGGACCAACGCCUUCAACCCGCUGUGCGCCAAUUACACCAGAGACACUCUAGAAAUGGUAGGAGAGCCCAUCAGUGGAAUGGCCAGGUGUCCGUAUGAUCCCAAACAUGCCAACGUGGCCCUGUUUGCAGAGGGUAACCUCUUUACGGGUACAGUGACGGAUUUCCUCGCUAUCGACGCUGUCAUCUACCGGAGUUUGGGAGAUAGCCCUGCUCUUCGCACCAUCAAGCACGAUUCAAAGUGGUUUCGAGAGCCCUACUUUGUGAGCGCAGUCGAGUGGGGUCCUCAUAUCUACUUCUUCUUCAGAGAGAUGGCGAUGGAGUUCAAUUAUUUGGAGAAGGUGAUGGUGUCCCGUGUGGCACGUGUGUGUAAAGGUGAUCUAGGUGGCUCUCAGCGUGUGUUAGAGAAGCAGUGGACGUCGUUUCUGAAGGCGAGACUGAACUGCUCUAUUCCAGGAGACUCUCACUUCUACUUUAACCUGCUGCAGUCCACCAGUCCAAUCAUACGCAUGCACGGCAGAGACAUUAUCCUCGGAGUUUUCUCCACUCCUCCCAACAGCAUCCCUGGCUCAGCAGUGUGUGCUUUCGACAUGCAGCAGCUGGCACGUGUGUUUGAAGGAAGGUUCAAGGAACAGAAGACUCCAGAAUCAAUCUGGACUCCUGUUCCGGAGGAGCUGGUGCCCAAGCCCAGGCCUGGGGGUUGUGCUGGUCAGGGCUCCAGGUUCAGCUCCUCUACCUCGUUCCCUGAUGAGGUGUUAAACUUCAUAAAGACCCAUCCACUCAUGGAUGAAGCCGUACCUCUGCUAGGACACAGACCCUGGAUAGUUAAAACUAUGGUCAGGUACCAACUGAACACCAUGGUGGUGGAUACAGAGGCAGGACCACACAGAAACCGCACUGUAGUGUUCCUUGGGUCCACCAGGGGCACCGUCCUGAAAUUUCUCAUCACACCGGGUAAAGACAACCCUUAUUCCAGCAACAACGUCUUUCUGGAGGAAUUAGAGGGCUAUAAUCCUGAGAGGUGCGGAGAUGAUUCUGUCCAGGCACGCCAGCCGUUGUCUCUCACCCUGGACAGACAGAGUCAUACUCUUUUGUUAGCUUUCCAUUCUUGUGUGGUGAGGCUGCCUGUAGCCCGGUGUCAACUGCAUUCCCGCUGUAUGAAGAGCUGUAUCUCCUCUAGAGAUCCUUACUGUGGCUGGACCAGAGGAAGCACUUGUUCUCUUCUCAGACCUGGUACCAGACUACCAUUUGUGCAGGAUGUUGAGUUUGGGAACACCACACAUCUUGGAGACUGUGAUGGUCUGCUGCAUGAAAGUUUCACAGAUGAGCCAGAGAGUCUGGUGACUCUGAACCUGCUGGUGGUGGCAGCUGUUUCUGCGUUCUCCACUGGGGCGGCGCUCUCUGGCUUGGCUGUGUGUUGGAUUAUGAGCCAAAAACACCGUCAUUGCUCUCAGAGUGAAUCUUCCUCCUCGAGCAGCCAGCGGAAGAGCGAAAAGGAGCGCAACAUGUUGGGGCCAAGCACCAGUGGCUCAGUGCUGAGCGUGACAGAUCGUCCACGCCCUCAAGGUGAAACGCUCUUUGUGAUGCCCAACGGUUGGACGAAGGCAGGGGAUCUGGACCCGGGACUGCUACCUACACCUGAGCAGACUCCACUGCAGCAGAAACGCCCAGUGCCCUCGCUCCGCCUCUCUGAUUCAGGCUCCGGCUGGGACCAGAGCCAGACCUUCCUGAACUCGGUAGGCACCCAGUGUCCUCCCCCACCACCCUCCGCCAUCUUCCUCAGCUCUAAGCUCCUUGGCGACAGGCGGCAUGAAGAUGUCAUCGAGCGCCAGCGCUAUGUUUCUCUCUCCAAGUACCGUGAGCAUGGAACACGUCCAGGCACACUGCUGCGCAAAUCAGCGGGCGACUACAACUACCCAAUGACGCCUCAGGAUUCGCCUGACAGGAGGCGGGUGGUGUCGGCACCCAGCACGCACAUGGAGUACACCGGCGAGGCUCUGCGCUGGACCCACGAGAACUACGUCUUCCACGCCGUGCCGACCCCAGUGCCAGGACACCGCUACGCCACAGGCACAGGGCAUCCAGCUAGCCUCGCCCGCACUGUUCUGCAUGGCUCUCGUGGCCUCAUGGACCUGGCGGAUUUCAGCCACCUGCUGGGCAAAGGAGGCAGCGAGCGUGCUCCUUCAGGCCAGUGAAGAAAAUGGGGGAAAAAAAGAUCUGUGUAAAAGAAGGAAGCAGUGAAGGAGAAAAUGUGCAGAGCGUAAAGCUUCCGAGCUACUGCAGUGCCAGCAGGAUCUGGCCAACAUCUUUCUGUUUUUCUCCAUUUUUCUUGCUGUCUCUCUCUUUCAGAGCUCCUUUUCGAUCUUGUCUCGAGCCCUCUGUCAUGCUAUGAUCAAUCACUGGAAAUGGAAAUGGCCUCCACUCUGCCUCAUAGCUGAAGUUCUUGCAGGGGAGUGCAAGCUAACACACACACACACACACACACACACACACACACACACACACACACACAUACAUACAUACAUGCAUACAUACAGCUUCCUCAGCUUCCUUGUUUUAACACACCGCAGGUCCUUCAUCUGAAGCAAGAGUACAGCAACAAACUGCAGCAUUUGUGACUGCAGCAGCCCUAAUGACAUCCAUAUCUAUUCCCAAACACACACUCUCUCUCUCUUUCUCUCUCACUCAUCAUUUAGGGAAUGUGCUGGCGUGUUCUCGUUCACUGGGGAUUUCUGAGCUGCUGGUUGUAAUAAAACAUUUUCAGCGAGGGUCGGCAGAGACAGUGCAGAGCCAUCGAUUCCCACUACAGUCUAGCCGUGGUGUAUACCUCAGCCUAUCCAAUUUUCUUUGGUUUUAUAAAUUGCUUUUUGUUUUACAGUGUUGAACUCAGUUAAGUAGCAUCACUGCUCCUGACCCAUGAUGCAGUGCCACACAUCAGCAGUAUUCAUGCUGGCAGGACAUAUAUAGGAAAAUGGGAACAAUGCAUCUCCUUCGAUAUGGGACAGAGGAUGAGAACGGUGCAUCCGUGAACUCAGAUUUUCCAUGAAGCUAUGCUACAGAGUGACAGACAGUGAAAGAGAGCACGAAGGAAGAGACAGUGAGACGACGCACACAAAUAGUGGUAAAAAUGGAAGUGCAGAAUUUCAAGCAAUUCUUCUCGAACAGAGAAAAGAAACCUUCUGAAAGGGAAUGUUUGAACGCCCAAAAUGUUUGAAGUUUUUGUGUACAGUGAAUUUCCUGCUCUGGACUGUGGACAGAAACGAUACUGAAGAAAAAGUAGUGUUGACCUUCAACUGAAUGUGAUAUUGUGAUAUGGACAUUAUAUAGACUACAUAGACGUAUUCGCUGUGCAGAGUUUAUUCAAGCAGCUGAGAGAAGGAGAGACACAAAAUUAAAUGCUCUUCAUCCCCUCAAGGGAAGAGAAGGACAAAUAAGCAACAGAGCUGAGAAAAAAACGUGCCAAAUGAGGACCGCUGAUGGGAUUAACCGGUGUGAGAUGUCAUUAAGUAUCGAGUGUUUCAGAGUCUCUUCAGCCUGUACUGUAUUAUAAUCCAUUUUGUUGGUUGCUUUGUUCCGUGUUUGUCUCAUUAAUAGGAGUUGUAUUUUCGUUCAUCAUCAUAGGACAAGUCGAAAUUGAUGAUUCCGAUUUGAAAAGUUCGUCACGUAUGAAUGCGUCGUCAUCACUUCAUCACCUUCAACAGAGUUAAAGAAACAUUAAAGGAAGAAUCCAAAAAAUGUUUAACCUAAUAUAUACAGUGCUCUCCAUGAUUAUUGGCACCCUUUGUAAAGAUGAGUAAAAAGGGUUAGAAAAAUAUCCACCUUUUGGUGAAGUCGCUUCAUCUCAUGCUGAAAAAAAUAAGAAAAAUCCAACUUUUAAUUGCAAUAAAUGUAUUCCAAAAAAACCCACGAAUCCAUCACCAAGAAAUAAUUAUUUUCAACAAAAGCCACAUGUGCCACUAUUAUUGGUACACCUGGCAAUUAUAGUGAACACAAUGUAACUGAAGCACGUUUCCCAUUUAAAUUGUACAGUAUGUUUGAGUUGAUUGGCGUGUGUAGGAACUUUCAAACUGUAAUCCAUGACUUCCUGAUUAACCGGGGUACAAAUAUGAGGUGACACAGAGGCCAAAUUCCCUUAGUCAUCCAUCAAUGUGGGAAAGAUAAGAGAGAACACAAACUAAAUGAGGGAGAAGUGUGUUGACCUUCAUAAGUCAGGGAAUGGUGAUAAAAAAAUGCUACUCGCCUGAAAAUGUCCAUUUCUACUGUUAGGGCAAUAAUAAAAAAGUGGACACCAACUGGAACUGUUACAAACUCGCCUGGAAGAGGACUCAAGGUUAUUUUGUCCCAACGUACAGUGAGGAGGAGGGUAAGAGAGGCAAAAAAUAAAAUAAAAUAAAAAAUCCUCAAAGAUCACUGUUGGUGAAUUACAAGAAAAAGUCAAAUCUUGGGGUUUCCAAGUCUCCAAACCCACCAUCAGAUGCCACCUCUAUGCCAACAGAUUACUGGAAGGUUUGCCAGAAAAAAAGCCUUUUCUGUCAGUUAAGCACAAACAUAAGCACCUGAAGUUUGUGAAACGCUACGACAACUUUGACUGGAACCGUGUUCUCUGGUCUAAUGGAGCAAAAAUACAGCUUUUGGGCGAUAAACACUCAAGGUGGGUUUGGCGUCAGAAGAAGGAUGGCUAGAAUGAAAAGAACCCAAUCCUAACUGUAAAAUAUAGUUGAAGUUCUGUGAUGUUUGGGGGCUGUUUUUCCUCCAAAGGCCUGGAAACCUUGUUAGGGGACAUGACAUCAUGGACUCCAUGAAAUACCAAGACACUGUAAAUCAAAAUCUGGCUACCUCUGCCAGGAAACUAAAACUGGGUCGGCAUUGGAUCUUCCAGCAGGACAGUGAUCCGAAGUAUAUGUCCAAAUCAAGACAAAAAUGGUUCACUGAGCACAGAAUCAAGUUUCUACCAUGGCCAUCUCAGUCCCCUGACCUGAACCCCAUUGAAAACUUGUGGGCUGAGCUGAAGAGGAGAGAGCACAAGACAGGACCUCGGACCCUGGAUGAUCUGGAGAGAUUGUGUAAAGAGGAAUGGUCUCAGAUGUCCUGCUCUGUAUCUCCAACCUUAUAAAAUGUUAUAGGAGAGACUCAGUGCUGUUUUACUGCCAAAGGGAGGUUGUACAAGGUGCCAGUAAUAGUGGUGUAUGUAUUUUUGUUGAAAAUAAUUAUUUCUUG